AUGAAAUACCAACCUCCAAACUGGGAACAAAAGCCCUUUGUCCAAGUGGAAGGUGUUUUCAAUGUGCGACAGUUCGGGGGCUACCCCAGCACACUCUUUCCAAAUGCUCGCACACGAGAGAACUUCCUGUAUCGAUCAGGCCACCUCGAGGACAUUACAAUGAAGGGCCAAAGGACGCUGGAGGAGGACCUCAGGAUAGCCGCCAUUUUUGAUCUGCGGAGUGAAGACGAAUCCGCCGUCUGCACAGAGCUUGGCUUUUAUGAUGGCACACCUAUCUCCAGAAGCAUAGCUGGUUGUGAGAGAAUCAGGUUACCCAUCCAACGUGAAUCAUACUCGUUCAAACAACGGGUGGACAGAUAUGUCAAAUCAAAUAUCAAUCCUGAGGAAAGUACCCCGUAUCUACGGUCUGUGUCCGACGACUAUCUUGCCUUGGCCCGAGACGGUGCUCAGACUGUCCAGUUCAUCCUUCUCUACAUUCUUGAACACCCAACCAGUCCGUUGUUGAUUCACUGCAAGGUGGGAAAGGAUAGAACGGGGGUCGUCUUCGCCAUUAUUCUCUCUCUUGCUGGAGUCCCCGAUGAGAUUGUGGCUGCGGAAUACAGUCUCAGCACGUUGGGACUAUACCCGGCAAAGCCAAACAUCCGGCGGUAUUUGGAAGCCACGAAGUCAGACAUCAAGGAUAUUGAUGCGUCGGUCAGCAAGGCAAUCGAAUGUAGGCAAAGCUAUAUGCUUUCCACUCUCCAGAAGAUUAGGGAUCAUUAUGGCAGCGUUCGUGACUAUGUUAGAGAUGCUUGUUUUCUCACAGAUGCUGAGAUUGAGGGAGUCAGGUAUUGUUUGGUCAAGUCGGGAUGA